AAGCUUCCGUCAGCGAGCGCAGGUAAAGGUAAUGAUAGUCAAGCAAGAGCCCAGAGAGCAUACGUUUUGUUGUUGCUGAAGCAAAGCAAAGCAGUGCAUCCGUACAACGUGAACAUUUUCGUCCUGUAACGUAGUAAGCGUGUGAACGAAGAAAAAAGCAAUCGAGUAGCUUAAGAAAACAGUGUGAGUAAUACAGAGUGAAGUUGAAAAGCAACGCGAUUUGUUUGGUGAAAAAGACAAAUUCCAGUGCCAAAGAACUAACGGUACAGCAUACCUGUUUCUCAAGGAGGAACGUUCUGGAAUACCUACAUACCACUGUGUGUGACUGUGCCGAGUGUGUUUCUAGUGCGCAAGAACACCGUUAAGUAACAGUAAAACAAAGCAAACAGAAGCGAAACCAAAAAUGGGGAAAGAUUUCUACAAAAUUCUCGGCGUGUCGAAGAAUGCCAGCGACGAUGAGAUCAAGAAGGCGUACCGCAAGCUGGCACUAAAGUAUCACCCGGACAAGAACAAAGCGCCGCAGGCGGAGGAACGGUUCAAGGAGGUGGCGGAAGCGUACGAGGUGCUGUCGGACAAGAAGAAGCGCGACAUCUACGACCAGUACGGCGAGGAGGGGCUGAAGGGUGGCGCGGGCGGCAUGCCGGGUGCGGGCGGCCAGAGCGGCCAGUUCCAGUACAACUUCCACGGCGAUCCGCGCGCCACGUUCGCCCAGUUCUUCGGCACCAGCGACCCGUUCAGCGUGUUCUUCGGCACGGACGGGGGCGGCAACAUCUUCCACCAGGAGAUGGACGGCGAUCCGUUCGGGUUCGAUGGGCGGGGCGGCAGUGUCGGCGGGUUCCCGGGCGGUGCGUUCCGGUCGCAGUCGUUCAACGUGCACGGGUCGCCGCAGCGCAAGCAGAAGCUGCAGGAUCCGCCGAUCGAGCACGAUCUGUACGUGUCGCUCGAGGACGUCAACGCGGGCUGCCAGAAGAAGAUGAAGAUCUCGAAGAUGGUGAUGGGCCAGGAUGGGUCGGCGCGGAAGGAGGAGAAGAUCCUGAGCAUCAACGUGAAGCCGGGCUGGAAGGCGGGCACGAAGAUCACGUUCCCGCGCGAGGGCGACCAAAUUCCGGGCAAGGUGCCGGCCGACAUCGUGUUCAUCAUCCGGGACAAACCGCACGCGCACUUCAAGCGCGAGGGCAGCGAUAUCAAGUACACGGCCAAGAUCUCCCUGCGGCAGGCGCUGUGCGGUACGGUGGUGAAGGUGCCGACGCUGAGCGGCGAAACGCUUACCAUCUCGACGGCGGGCGAAGUGGUGAAGCCGCACACGGUCAAGCGGCUGCAGAACCGGGGGCUGCCCUUCCCGAAGGAACCGAGCCGGAGGGGCGACCUGGUGGUGGCGUUCGACAUCCGCUUCCCCGAUCAGGUGUCCCCCAGUACGAAGGAAAUCCUGGCCGACCUGUUCCCGAUGGAUGUGGCCUAAGGUGGGUGUGGGACCGACGACAUAUAAACACCAAAACCUUCCCGCGCCACCAACAAACCGAACACGACGACGACAAUGACCGCGAGCAGGCAGCCCCCUUGUUCCGCAAGCAUCAUCAUCCUCUCGCUCUCAAGUGCGCACGUUUGCGCUCUAAUGCAUCCGGCGCUGAGUGCAUUCUCGAACGUUCCAAGCGGGAAGGGGGUGCGCUUUUGCGGAGGGAAAAGAAGAGUGUGCCCCCCGAGAGUGAAAGCAACGGGAAGCAACGAAAAAACACAGGUGUAAAUAGAGCAGGAUGAUGCACACUGUGCGCCACAGCGCGGCGUAGAAGGGGCAACACACGGAGAGAAGGUUCUAGCACAACAGCGCGCCCAAGAGACCUUCGAACGAUGAUAGUACGCAACGCGCGCGCACACGAUGGUCUACGUGACAAACCGCGUGAAGCGAGUGGAAAACAGCGGACGGAACGGGUGUGUUGUGUAUGGUCCGCGCGCCAGCUGGAAAGCACUCCCCCCUCCCCCAUCCCACUGGGGAGAUUUUGGGGACGAAAGAAGCAUCUCGAUCGAUUAUCCCAUCCUCCCACCCUCCAUCGCCUUACCAUCGGACAGUGAGUGUGUGUGUGUGGAGAUGUGCACAGAAUAGUGGUGCGCCGUACUAACAGCCUGUGACUGUGUGUGUGAAUGUUGUGUUUUGGCGCCCUCUAUUGGCAAACGGCGGUGGACCAUUUUAACCGUGGCGAAGAUUCUAGAAGUAAAGCAAGGUGUGUGCGUCGGCCCAUUAUUAUGCCGUGUGCCGUGUUUGAAUAGUGCGCAUAUCUAUUCCCAUCGUGUCCGGUUGGUGCUCUGCUCCUCGUGAUUGGUACCGUAAGGGGGUGGGGCGCGCGUACAUUGUUUCGAUUCCAAAGAUAGGGGAGGGAAAAUCACACACGACCGUGCAGGGAAAAUCACAGCAAGCGAUGCAUUCGAGAGCGCGAAGGAGAAAAGCGAGAAAGGGGAAGCGAGAGAAAAAGCUAAGCACGGAAUAGAUAUGUGUACCUUUCUUUUCAUUGUUGCUGCGUCUGAAGUAGGCUUUUGGUGGUGUGCUCUGGUGGACAGUGCAGGAAAGGGAUAAAAUGCGUCGUGUGCAAAUUGCAUGUAAAUACCAACAGAGGGGAUACAGAGAUGGGGAUGGGGAAGCUAAACUCUGUUAUUUAAUAAGCUCGGUUUAGUUAAUGAAAUUCGUACGAGGAAGAUGAGACGGCAGGAAAUGGUCGUGCGCGUGUUUUAUGAUUUAUUCCUAUUUGGAACACUUAUGCAAAAGAAAAAACAACCACAGCGCACCACAUCUUGGCCAAAUGUUAGGCAAAUAUAUACGCACACACACACACUCUUACAAACAGGAAUAGCAAUCAAGGUCACGGUGUGGGUGGGAAUCAGGAAAUCAGGCCUCAGCAGAAAAGGUACAGAAAAUGCAGUAAUAGUUCUCCCCCUUAUCGGAAAGACUGAAUUGACAUUAGUUUGUAAAACAGAAAAAGAAAAUGCACUUGUGGUAAAGGGAAAAUGCUUGCGAAAAAUAAGGUAUUAAAACUGAAACAGUCCAAAUUUGAAGAUUAAAUAAGACAGAAUGAAGGUUUUGAGGAAGGUGCAUUUUCCCUACUUGUAUUUUAAACCUCGCCCACACCAUCCCAAGCAAGAAUAAUUACAGAAGAGUUUGUUUGUGUGCGUAUAUAAAUGUUUAACAGGAAAACAUCGUUAAGGCAAAGGCGCAAAACGGUUGAAUGAACUAGAUAAAUCGAUUAUUGAGUACGUUCUAGUACACACAAACAUGUAAAAUGUCAGCGAAAGGGCCACGCAGCAAUAGAGAUUUAGCGUAUUACUAUUAUUUGUUUUUGUUCCGCCGUUUGUGUGCCCUUUCUGCUGCGCAAUCCCCCACUAUCCCUUUAUUGAAGCUGUGUACCAUUUCAUGUAUGAUUUACUACAACUUGUAUUAUUUAAGGUGUCACACACAUUUAUUAGGAGGCGCGAUCGUGAAGUUGUUGUUAAGCUUGUUUUAGUUUAAUAAAUAAAACACUCCAAAAUGAUGGAAAAAAUGAUGAAAAAUGAAA